UCACUAGUUCUCCACUGGCUCACUCCACCACUAAAGUUUCAGAGGACGGGGUCCCAGCCAGGCCAGCCGAGUUGCCCAAAUGGAUUACUGCGGCGUCCGACGCAUAUUGUUUUCCUAUGUACUCAUCAACGGAAUAUUAAUAACAUUGCAAUCCAAAGAAGAAGUACUGCUGGAUAUGAAGGCAUCGGGGAGUGAGCUGGGCUGGUUGACAUGGCCAUCUGAACAGGGCGACAAGCGAGGCUGGGAGGUGGCCCAGAAGACCCUGAACGGCUCCCAGUUCUACUCGUACUCCGUGUGCAACGUGGGCGAGCGUGAGCAGGACAACUGGCUGCGCACCACCUUCAUCCAGCGGAGGCCCUCGGCCUCGCGCGUGAUGGUCGAGCUGCAGUUCGUGGUGCGCGACUGCAACUCCUUCGACGGCGCCUCGCUCACCUGCAAGGAGACCUUCAACAUGUACACGUCGGAGGCGGACGCCGACGUGGGCACCACCUUCCGCAAGGGCCAGUUCAAGAAGGUGACCACCAUCGCGCCCGACGAGAUCACCCGCAAGAACCUGCAGCCCGUCAACACGGAGACCCGCGUGGUGGACGGCCUGUCGCUCAAGGGCUUCUACCUGGCCUUCCAGGACAUCGGCGCCUGCGUGGCCAUCCUGUCGGUGCGCGUGUACUACAAGACCUGCCCGGCCACCGUCAAGAGCCUGGCCAGCUUCCCCGAGACGGUGGCGGGCAGCCAGGCGCUGAGCAAAGUGGACGGGGUGUGCAUGGAGAACGCCGUCAGCGAGAAGGUGCCCCGGAUCUAUUGCACCAUGGACGGGGAGUGGGUGGUGCCCGUGAGCCAGUGCCAGUGCAAGCCGGGCUACGAGGAGAUUAAGGAAGUGUGCCAAGAAUGCCAGCCUGGCUACUUCAAAGCGGCGGUACCCAGUGAGAAGUGUGAGCUGUGUCCCGCCAACACCCAGGGAACGGGCUACGGGGACGCCGCCUGCCCCUGCACGCCUGGCUUCUACCGGGCGGAGGACGAUCCUCCGACCGGGCCCUGCUCAGGUCUGCCCGGGGCCCCCCAGGACCUGCAGGCCACCACCCAGCUGUCGUCCGGCCGGGUGCUGCUGACAUGGAGCCCUCCGGGGGACACGGGGGGCCGGGCCGACCUCACAUACAGCGUGGAGUGCCGGCGCUGCGACGGUGCCGCGUGCCAGGCCUGCGGCGAGAAGGUGCGCUACGAGCCGGCCAGCACGGGGCUGACGGAGACGCGCGUGUCCGUCAGCCAGCUGGACGCCCACCUCAACUACACCUUCACCGUCAACGCCCACAACGGGGUGUCAGCCGCCGCCAGCAAGGCCUCCCCGCGGGCCCACGGACCGCCCUCCACCGCCGCCCUCACCACCAGCCUGCAGUACACAGAUCCUCCCACGGUGACGUCCAUGCGUCUAGACGAGAGGAAACCCACCAGCCUCUCCCUGUCCUGGGUGGUGACCCCUCGGCACCGGGCCCCGCCCAGAUCCUUCCGCUACGAACUCACCUACCGCAAGAAGGACGACAACCUCAACAUGACCACCUACACAGUGCUGGUCCUGGACAGGACCUCGGUGCGGGUCAGCGACCUGGCCCCCGCCACCACCUACCUGUUCAGGGUCCAGCCCAUCACGGAGGGGGGAGCCGGUGGCGCCAGCAUCGAGGACGAGUUCAAGACCCUGGCGGACGCCGAAGCACCGAACUACACCACGGCCAUCUUCUGGAGUGUGGUCGUUGCAGCCGCCGUGUUUUUCAUCGUAGCUGUGGUUCUGUUUGUGCGCCAGCGCAGGAGGAACUCUCACUCCCGGCAAGGACCUGAGGACGCCUAUUUCUCAACCUCAGAGCAACUGAAGCCCCUGAAGACCUACGUGGACCCCCACACGUACGAGGACCCCAACACGGCCGUCCUCAAGUUCGCCAGCGAGAUCCACCCCAACCACAUCACCAAGCAGAAGGUCAUCGGAGCAGGCGAGUUCGGCGAGGUGUUCCGUGGGAUCCUGAGGGCCCCUGGGAGGACGGAGGGGCCGGUGGCCAUCAAGACCCUCAAGCCGGGCUACUCGGAGAAGCAGAGGCAGGACUUCCUGUCGGAGGCCUCCAUCAUGGGCCAGUUCUCCCACCAGAACAUCAUCCGCCUGGAGGGGGUGGUGACCAAGUUCAAACACGCCAUGAUCGUGACGGAGUACAUGGAGAACGGGGCGCUGGACAAAUACCUCAGGGAUCAUGAUGGGGAGAUCCCCUCCAUCCAGUUGGUGGGCAUGCUUCGGGGCAUCUCUGGGGGCAUGAAGUACCUCUCUGACAUGAGCUACGUGCACCGGGACCUGGCCGCCCGCAACAUCCUGGUGAACACCAACCUGGAGUGCAAGGUGUCCGACUUCGGCCUGUCCCGGGUGCUGGAGGACGACCCCGAGGGCACCUACACGACCAGCGGCGGCAAAAUCCCCAUUCGCUGGACGGCCCCCGAAGCCAUCGCGUACCGCAAGUUCACGUCGGCCAGCGACGUGUGGAGUUUCGGCAUCGUGAUGUGGGAGGUGAUGGCCUUCGGCGAGAGGCCAUACUGGGACAUGAGCAAUCACGAGGUGAUGAAGGCCAUCAACGAGGCGUUCCGGCUGCCGGCGCCCAUGGACUGCCCGUCAGCCGUCUACCAGCUGAUGCUGCAGUGCUGGCUGCAGGAGCGCGCCAAGAGGCCUCGCUUCCCCGACAUCGUCAGCCUGCUGGACAAGCUGCUGCGCAGCCCUGACUCCCUGAAGACCAUCGCCGACUUUGACCCCCGGGUGUCCAUCCGCCUGCCCAGCACCAGUGGCUCGGACGGCUCCCCGUUCCGCUCGGUGUCGGAGUGGCUGGAGUCCAUCAAGAUGAGCCAGUACAGCGAGAACUUCGCCUGCGCCGGGAUGGUCACCAUGGAGCAGGUGCUGCACAUGAGGAACGAGGAUAUCAAGAACAUCGGAGUGAGACUCCCGGGCCACUUGAAGAGGAUCGCCUACAGCAUCCUGGGCUUGAAAGACCAAACCAGCACUCUGAGCGUCUUCGCCAUGUGACACUCGCCAUCAAUGGAGCAAGAGGGGGGAGGGGGGAGGGGGCGGGACACACUGAGCGAGUACGCCCCCGCGUCGCUAGGGAAACCCACGGGGCCGUCAGCCAAUCAGGAGACGAGCUGCAGGGACAGCUCUUGAUUUCGCUGAUUCAGACGCAAAGGCAGCAGCAAGCCCUACAGGAAAUAAUGCAGCGACAAAUAUAGCAUGUAUAUACACAUAAUUACACAAAGAUCACAAGAGCGCGGCUUCGGCAUUUUUCCCCUACAGAAGAGUGCCUGUGGUUUACGUAUGGUGAGAUACUAAUAAUAAACCAGGCUGGCUCGGUGUCGACGAAUGGAAGGAUCUAGGGUUACCCCCCCCCUCCUACCCCCCCACCGCCUCCGCACUCCCCCCAUGGUGAUGAUGUCAUCCUGGCAUCUCUCUUAAUUGGCACUUUGGUCUGUUUCCUCCGGUAAAAAGGGCGGAGCCACGGUAAGCUUGGGCUGGCCAGAAACAAAACCUGGAGCGAUUGCCGUGCUCGGUGUUAUCGGCAAUGCCUUAGUGCUACCGAAUAUUAAGCUAUGAUCCUAUUGUUGAUUUAGUAUGAGAAGACACACACACACACAGACACACAGACACACACAAACACGCACGCGCGCACACAUAAGGUACUCUACAUGUACAGUUUCUUGAGACUUGUUAUAAGGCUAUUACCUAACACAUUCAAUCAAUAAUUUGAACAUUUUCCUGUAGCACUUCAGUAAAGCAUCAUUUUUGUUUUGAGGGGGUUUCAAUCUAAGUCGAAAUCUUACAUGAUAACAUGUACAACUGGAUGCAGCAUUGACAUAUUUUGAGAUUUUUUGAUCUUUUUUUUCCUGGCUGUAGCAUAUCUAUGAUGAGCAAUAGGUUGAAGUUAUCUUUCAUAAUUAGACCUCCUAAUAAUGCAUAAUCAAUAUGGGUAUUGGGUUUAGAAUCCGGGCUCUUGAUGAUUUUGAUAUCCUGAUUGAUUUAAGUUGUCUCACGAUUUCUUGGUUCAUUGAGGUUUGCCAUGCGCAGAGCUGAGAGGAAUAAUCUUAAUUUAACUGGCUCAUCAUCCAUAUCUGGAAUGGUUCCCAGUUACCAUUUGAAUCAAUCAAAAGGCCCAGUGAACCCAUAGGGUUCCCAUGGGCUUUUCUACAUUGUGAAUUGGUUUCAGUGUGUUUUCAAAUGGAUCUUCUCUCAGAGCUCUGAAUCUAUAUGACUGCAAAACCGUUUUUUACUGAUGUACACCUUCCUUUACUUGAAUUUUUGUGUACUUUUUCUAUAUAUCAAUAUUUUUUUAAUGUAGUGGUAGAGCCAUUUUUGGAAAAGGGAUUAUUUUUUCUUGUUUCUCUCUGCUGCAGUUGUAUUUUCUUUAUUUUACUACAUUUUGUAUGAAUUUACUAUUUUGCUUAUUACCAAACUUGUUCAUCACUGUGUGUAUCUUAGGUAACUGUAGUCCCAAGGAAGACUUCUAAUGUUUGCUGCCUUUUGGGACAUUUCAAGGAAUCAAUUGAAUAUGUUAUCUCCAGUUCAUCAAUCAAAAGCCCUCCUUUUGCCCUUUUGUUUUAUAGUAUAUUUAAUAGCUUAUUUAUUUUUCCCUUUUAUUUAUUUGUCACAAAAACAUUGAACAGCGAUUGAGAAUUGGAGGCUAUGUCCACAGAAUCUAAAUUACAAUUACGUUCAUUAUGUACAUUGUGUUCAAAAAUUCUCAGAGAAUUACAUUUUCUUCACUACGUUUGUUGAGAAAUAAAAUAUUUUGAAUAAAAAAA